GUUUCGCCCACGAAACUGGUCCAAAUUGUUCCCUGGUUUUGGUAUUCUAAAGGACUCACCUUUUGGCACCCUGUGACGCGGAUCGUUACCGACAUGUUUCUGCUCAACGAAACCGACGCUGUUCUGCUGCCGGCGGCCCGGACCGGCGGAGAAAUGGUCAAGCUGCUCGGCUGGAACCUGCCACCGGAGCAGAUGCACCUGGUGCACGAACACUGGAAGGACUUUCCGGCGCCACCCUACUUCAUGCACCUGCUGCUGGCGUUGAUCUACUUUGUGCUGAUGAACGUUUCCCUGAUCGGGAACGGGAUCGUCGUGUGGAUCUUCACCACCUCCAAGUCCCUCCGCAAUGGCUCCAAUAUGUUCAUCGUCAACCUGGCCAUUUUCGAUCUGCUGAUGAUGUGUGAGAUGCCGAUGUUUCUGGUGAAUGCCUUCUCCGAGCGGCUGGUCGGCUACGAAACGGGUUGUGCGAUCUACGCGGCGUUGGGCAGCGUGUCCGGAAUCGGUGGAGCGAUCAGCAAUGCCGUCAUCGCGUACGAUCGCUACCGGACCAUUUCGAACCCGCUCGAGGGUCGUAUGAACCGGACCAAAGCAUCGCUGUUCGUUGUGAUGACCUGGCUGUGGACGGUGCCGUUCACGGUGAUGCCAAUGUUCAACAUCUGGGGCCGCUACAUCCCGGAAGGAUACCUGACCACGUGUUCGUUCGAUUAUCUAACCGAUGACAGCGACACGCGCGUCUUCGUCGGGUGUAUCUUCGCGUGGGCGUACGCCAUCCCGAUGGUGUUCAUCUGCUACUUCUACACGCGCCUGUUUGGCCACGUCCGACAGCACGAGAACAUGCUGAAGAACCAGGCUCGCAAGAUGAACAUCGAGUCGUUGGCGGCGAACCGUAACGCGAACGCCGAAGCUGCCGAGAUCCGCAUCGCCAAGGCUGCCUUCACGAUCUUCUUCCUGUUUGUCUGCGCUUGGACUCCGUACGCUUUCGUCGCGAUGAUCGGUGCCUUCGGAGAUAAGACCAUUCUGACGCCGUUUUUCACCAUGAUUCCGGCCAUGUGCUGCAAGAUCGUUUCGUGCUUGGACCCGUGGGUUUACGCCAUCAGUCAUCCCAGAUACCGCCAGGAGCUCGAGAAACGUCUGCCGUGGCUUGGCAUCAAGGAAGCCCCGGACAAUGUCAGCACGACCGAGAGCAAGCAGACGGUUGUAGCGGAACCUGCGGCCAAUGCCGAAACUUGAAUCCAAAAAGAUAACGAUUCCGUCAGCAAUCCUUCACCAAACGAACCCAGCAAACCAGUAAACGACCAACACGCGGCUAUGUAUAACGGACUAUGAUCUUGGAACCUAGUAUGUAAGCUCAGUAGUUGUUUCAUUCAUCAUUGCAAGCAAAAGAAAAAUACAAAAAAAUGAGAGAGUUGUACGUU